CCCUCAGUCCCGUGUCGCUUGGCCUCAGAGCUGAGCGGUGCAGGGUUCCCUGCUACCUCUCAGUGACCGCCUCCCAGGCCUGUCGCAGUUGGUCUCGGGCUCCUUUGCCGAGCCACCAUGUCGCAGAGCGGGGAGGAGAACCUGCAGGGUUCCUGGGUAGAACUGCACUUCAGCAAUGGGAAUGGGAGCAGCGUUCCAGCCUCUGUCUCUAUUUAUAAUGGUGACAUGGAAAAAAUACUGUUGGAUGCCCAGCAUGAAUCUGGACGAAGUAGCUCCAAGAGUUCUCACUGUGACAGCCCACCCCGUUCCCAGACACCACAAGAUACCAACAGAGCUGAAAUAGACACCCACAGCUUUGGCGAGAAAAACAGCACUCUGUCAGAGGAAGAUUAUAUUGAGAGAAGAAGAGAAGUUGAAAGUAUCUUGAAGAAAAACUCAGAUUGGAUAUGGGAUUGGUCAAGUCGGCCAGAAAAUAUUCCCCCCAAGGAGUUCCUUUUUAAACACCCAAAGCGCACAGCUACUCUCAGCAUGAGAAACACAAGUGUUAUGAAGAAAGGGGGCAUUUUCUCAGCAGACUUUCUGAAGGUUUUCCUUCCAUCUCUAUUACUGUCUCAUCUGCUGGCCAUCGGCUUGGGGAUUUACAUUGGAAGGCGUCUGACAACUUCCACUAGCACCUUCUGAUGAAGAUUUGGAUCUGACUUCUGUUCAUACAGUGAGGAUUCAUGUCUGAGCUGUGACAGCUAAUUGAAGAGCUAGCAUGAUCCUUGGGUGUCUGCACUAUGUGUGUUUAUUUGUUCUGUAAAUGCGGUGUUCCUGAUUUAGUGAGACAGAAUAGACUCUUAUCAUGACCUAUAAUUAUACCUAUGGGAUCAAUUAAUAAGCAUGUCAGACUGAUGCCUAUUGUAGCAUUUACUAGUAAAUUUCUUUGAAUAUUAGAUAUAAAUAGUAUAAAUAAUUUUAAUAUUGUAGCAAUGGUGUAUUUAAAAAUGAUCUGUAAUUGUAAUCCAGUUAAGACACUUUACACUUCAAAAGAAUAAGUAAGUGAUAUUUAAAUCAUUAAAGGGUUUUUCCCAAAGGAAUAUUGUGGCCUUAUAAUCCUAUUACAUAGUAGAAAAUUAAAGGGUGCGGGUUAUCUGUAAAGGCCUCUUACUUUGUGAAUCAAGUAGCAAGUAGAAGCUAAGGUUACCCACAAACCCCACUUUGCAGUUUCCCCUCUUCUUGCUUUGCAGGAUGAGGAUUCUAGCCUUGCUGUCCACCAUUACCUUGGGUGGCCAGUUUUGUUGCAGGCACCUUUAUCACUCUGCUGGAUUAAAUUCCACUGUUUGUACUUAAAUUUUGUGUGCUUUUAAAAUCAGCUAUAUUGUAAGCAAAUCUGUCUACUUUAAAAGACUGGAAAUGAAAAACAAAAUCUUUGCCAAAUCCUUUGGAGAAUACUGGAUUUGCAUAUGCAUCAAUCAGUAUCCAAAGCUUCUGUUAAAUCGGAUGUCCUCCCAGUCUUCUCUUUUCUAUAGCAUGGUUUUAAAGCCUGCCUCCUUGACAUGCUGUAUAGAUUCUGUUGUGUUUGUUUCACUGUCCCACACUUAACUCAGGUGUGCUAAAAUAAAAGUAACAUUUUAACAGCC